UAAACAUGGCUGCCUCCAUGCUAUGCUAACGUGUUGUGCAAUUGAUUGAACUUGUCUUGUAAAUCAUUGAACUGAUGUCCAAUUCUUUGUUAAUCGGGGAUCACAAGCAACCUAUUCUCGCAGCAACUGACUGCUGUUUCCAAUGUCAAUGCAGUAUUCUUAAGCAACAAAAGAACACAUCCUGAAGUUUGAUCAUAGAAAAAUUAGAGAUAAAAACAUUGAAAAAAGUGAGUUAUUCUUUAAAGCAGUGAAAAUGGUGAACAUCGGAAAUAGAUGGACUUAGAACAUACUGAGAAGUGCUUUGGUCCAUUUUAAGAGGAUUUCAUGAAUAUGGAAAUACAUCAUUGUGACCAAUGUGAGAAAAGCUGUACCCAGUCAAGUACUCUCAAACAGCAUAUGCAAACACAUACCAAUGAGAAACCUUAUCAUUGUCAGGAUUGUGAGAAGAGUUUCACCCAGUCAAGUACUCUCAAACAGCAUAUGCAAACACAUACCAAUGAGAAGCCUUAUCAUUGUCAGGAAUGUGAGAAAAGUUUCACUCGGUCAAGUACUCUCAGACUGCAUAAGCAAACACAUACCAAUGAAAAACCUUAUAAAUGUGAGCAAUGUAAAAUGAGUUUCAUCAUUUCAAAUAGUCUUAAACAGCAUAUACGAACACAUACCAAUGAGAAGCCUUAUCAUUGUCAGGAAUGUAAGAAGAGUUUCACCCAGUCAAGUACUCUCAAACAGCAUAUGCAAACACAUACCAAUGAGAAGCCUUAUCAUUGUCAGCAAUGUAAGAAGAGUUUCACCCAGUCAAGUACUCUCAAACAGCAUAUGCGAACACAUACCAAUGAGAAGCCUUAUCAUUGUCAGGAAUGUAAGAAGAGUUUCACCCAGUCAAGUACUCUCAAACAGCAUAUGCAAACACAUACCAAUGAGAAGCCUUAUCAUUGUCAGGAAUGUGAGAAAGGUUUCACUCGGUCAAGUACUCUCAAACAGCAUAUGCAAACACAUACCAAUGAGAAGCCUUAUCACUGUCAGCAAUGUGAGAAGAGUUUCACUCGGUCAAGUACUCUCAAACAGCAUAUGAAAACACAUACCAAUGAAAAGCCUUAUCAUUGUCAGGAUUGUGAGAAGAGUUUUUCCCAUUCAAGUACUCUCAAACAGCAUAUGCGAACACAUACCAAUGAGAAGCCUUAUCAUUGUCAGGAAUGUGAGAAAAGUUUCACCCAGUCAAGUACUCUCAAACAGCAUAUGCAAACACAUACCAAUAAGAAGCUUUAUCAUUGUCAGCAAUGUAAGAAGAGUUUCAUCCAGUCAAGUACUCUCAAACAGCAUAUGCAAACACAUACCAAUGAGAAGCCUUAUCAUUGUCAGCAAUGUAAGAAGAGUUUCAUCCAGUCAAGUCAUCUCAAACAGCAUAUACGAACACAUACCAAUAAAAAGCCUUUCCAAGAGAACUGCUUUUCAUACAGCAACAUAAAAAAGAUACAUCUUGUUGAACAUCACACUAAACUUGGAAAUUUUACUUGCAUACCAGUAGAUUCAAAUAAUCCAAAUGUUGCUGUAAUACCAAAUUCAGUAAGUCAGUUUUACUGUCAUCAGUGUGAAUGUAUAUAUAGUCAAUUAACCAGUCAAAGACAUUUAUUAAUUAUUCAUAGAGGGGAGGAAUAUAUAUAUAGAUGGGAAACAAUGAAUGAUAAAAAACAGUUAACUGUCACACGUAACGGAUAUGAUGAGGAGCAAACACAAUUGUUUAUUGUGCAUGCUGUUUUCAUUGUUGAGAAGAGGAAUCAUGAUGCUGUGGAAGAAUUCAGAUUAUACAGCCAUGAUUGA